CAUCAACUUAUUUGGAAUUGUAACAUGAAUUAUGUUGGUUUUUAGGGUUUUCUGGUGAUGUCUGAAACAUUUUAAAUAUUAACUGUUUAAGCUGUGAGUGUCGCAUGUUUGGGUUUUCAGCUUUCAGCUGCGGCAUCAAACGCUCUUCAAAUGCCUGAUAAGCAGCUUUUAAACGUUUCUCUGGAUGUCGAUCACCAUCACCGUUAAAACUAGAGGAAAAGAAACGAGGUUAAAAAAGGAAUGUUAACUUUUAUGAAAAUAAGAAGCAGAAGGCAAAUAAGCUUCGGUAAUUGUGUACGCAUAUUUAAUUUGAUUGUUUUAAGACUAUCGCCUGAAAGCCUUGAAUCUAUGUUUUAUGCUCCUUCGUAAUCACCGAGAUUUCUUAAAAUCAACCUAUGUACAUUUCAAUUAUUUAAUUUACUUAGUUAAGCACAAAUAUUGGUACAAAGGGGCAUCUAAAUAUAUAUAUGAUUGUGAAGAUAAUGGUCAGCAUAAUAGAAAAAAGAAUAAUGGACAGGAAUUAAUGUAUGAGAGUGGAAGGAAAAAUAAUAUUAAUGAAAGAAGCAGUUUAAUUAGGAAAAAUACAACCAGGAAGGAUUCUUUUAGUGAUAGAAGUUCCUCACACUUACAUCAAGGGACUAAAACACUACGGCAGGACCAGCACUAGUUUUUCUUCUGGUCCAUUUUUGAUAACGUCUUAGGUCGCUGUUGCACUAUCUCUAGGACUCCAACCAGGGAGUCGUUAGGGGACAACGGAUGCCAGUCCUAUACAGCGCUCUUUCAUAUCACGGUACCAUGUACGCCGACCACCUCUAAACUUUUUCCAACCAGUCGAAGAGUUGAAAAACAACGAACGAUAUGGAAUUUGUUGGGACGACGUUUAAGCCACAGAAGUCGGUGUUUUGAGAUGGUGAAGUCACCACUGUGACCGGACCAUCCCACUACCAACAUAGUGUUACUACUGAAUGUCAUUAAUACUUCCCAGACAAUGAUGAUUGCUUCACAUCAUCAAAUCGGAGAGGUCGGGUUUCACAAGCAUAGAGCGAAACUGCCCUCACUGAUGCGUUACAAACUCAAUCUCUAACAACCACACUGACAUUAUGAAGGUGUCCAAGAUGGGCCAGACUAGUAAACGCCACUCUGGCUUCCAUCAUACGUAAGUUUAUCCCAUCGCUCACGCCACCACCAGCACUUAAACAGCUACUUAGAUACACGAACCUCUCAACUACUUGCGACGGUUUGAUACUAAGAGUGGGUGUAGGUACAGAGUUUCGUAUAAGUACUCUACACCCUAACCAAAUGCUAGUACACCUGUUUACUAAACUUUGGGCUAUGUGUAUAGCUUGGAGGAUAGUAGUAGUACUACUACAACUACUUAUUUUCCAAAACAAAGGCAGGUAGAUUGGGCUUCGAGCUAUGUUCAAUCGAAUAAUACAGUUUGUGCCAAUAAUAAGAAUUAAAAUUGUGGUAUUUACCACAAUAAAUAAGUCAUUUCAAUUUACAUUGAUGCUUUUAGGAUUGAAUUCAAUGAGAUAUUGUAACUUCCGCAUAGGUUGUAAUCAUAAUAGGUUUUAUUGAUGGAUAUAAUUUAACUAGUUACAAGAAAUAGAGAGGUGAUCUAAAUACAUGGUGGAAGUGGGUUGUAUACACUGUUUGACCCGAUAUAUUAAGACAGGCACUAAACUAAAAUUGCAACACGUUCAGAUGAAUACACCUAUAAGGAAAAAUGAAAUUUAUCCGAGCAGAAGCUUACUAAGCGUUAUGUAAGUACCACUGGUUGCAAUCAUAAUGCUCAAUUGACUAAUACGAAGCGGGUAGUUUAAAAACUACAAGAAAGAAGUGGAAAAUCUAAUAAACUGACAAAUAAUCAAUCAUUCUGGUAAUGACAACUACCUACCGCAUAGAGAGACUACUAAUAAACUGUUAUCAUCACCACUUAAUUGGAAAAGAUAAAUACACUGUACAGACGCGAUAGUUGGUAACUCAUGCAUUUUUUAUUCUUGCUACAUUUUACCAUUCAAUAUCAUCCAUGUGGACUUUCUACUUGCUACACACGAUGAAAAAUCUUACCCAUAAUUUUAUGAUAUCAAUACUGACUAUCCAUACGGAGGAUCUAACACUGGUUGAAAACAUUCUAAAGAUAAAUAUAAUCGGUCAAUCAGUUCUAGUUUCUUUACUAAAACAGUACACAAGGAAUAAAAGAGGUUCUGAGAUGGAUUGGAGAAAACAAGGAAUGAAUGCCUCCAAGAUUUCGCAAACAAAUUUAGACCAUGUAUGUUUUUCCUAUACCUAUAUCAAACAUCAUGUGAGUCAGUUAGCUAAGAAAUCGAUUGGGCAACACAUCAAAAAUCGUUCCCACAAAGUAAUUCGACAAGACACCAUUCAAUCUCCAAAAGUC